AUGAAGAACAUCAUCCUGUUCCUGGGCUAUGCAGUUGCGCUCGUCUCCUCCCAACUCCUCCCCUCAAGACAAUACAUCGAACCCCCAGCAACAGUCGUCGGCUUCCGCUCAGUAGGCUGCUACUCCGACAACUCCAACUUCAACGGCCAACGCACCCUCAAACAUUCCAGCUCCCGAAACGAUGCCAUGACCCUCGACCUCUGUGCGCAGACCUGCAGCAACUUCAAGUACUUCGGCGUUGAGUAUGGCACCGAAUGCUACUGCUCCUCCACCCUAACGGAAAGAACCCUGCAACUCCUCCCUUCCGCCUGCAAUCACCCCUGUGCCGGCAACAGCUCUCAACCCUGCGGCGCCGGGAACGCCCUUAACAUCUUCGAGAAAGCAUCUGACCCACCUACCCUACCUCCCGUCACGCCAAAAGCAGCCGGCGAAUUCUACCACGUUGCAUGCCUCAAAGACUCCACCAGCCCUCGCAGACUCCCCAACGUGGGAAUUUACGGACCGGAAGUGAGUGUACAGCUGUGUGCGAAAAUCUGCAAUGGGUAUGAGUAUUUUGGGGUGGAGUAUGCGCGGGAGCGUUUUUGUGGCGAUAAGACGGAUCUGAAGGCGGAAUUGCCGGAGAGACAGUCAGCGUGCAAUAUGUUGUGUGCUGGGAAUGUGAGUGAGUUUUGCGGAGGAGUGAAUCAGAUUAGUGUGUAUCAGAAGUGUAGGAACUUGGGGCAGGUACUGGGAGGAGCGCUUUGCGUGCUACCGGGAUUGGCGUGA